UGAAUCUUGCCCUUGCGGUGGAAAAAUGUCAGUGGAGCAUGCUAUGUCCUGCCCCACGGGAGGCUUUCCAACUAUACGCCAUAAUGAAAUCCGAGAUAUGUUUUCUCAUCUGUUGUCUGAUGUCUGUCAUGAUGUGGAAACGGAGCCCACGUUGCAAUCACUAAGUGGAGAGACGUUCUCUUUACGUUCAAGCAGUCGAGAUGAUGAUGCAAGAUUAGACAUUUCGGCAAGAGGUUUUUGGGGAGGAAGAUUUGAGAAGACAUAUUUUGAUGUCCGGGUGUUUAACCCCAAUGCCACCUCGUACACAUGUUUUGAAGUUGCAUCAUGCUAUAGAAGACAGGAACAAGAGAAGAAAAGGAAAUAUGAAGAAAGACUGAGAAAAGUAGAAAAUGCUUCCUUUACACCUAUUAUCCUUUCUUGCACUGGUGGCAUGAGCAAGCUUACAACGUCAUUUACCAAAAAGCUGGCCUCAAUGAUAUCUGAGAAAAAGGACACUCCAUACGGUAGCGUGAUCAACUGGCUAAGAUGUCGACUCGGGUUCGCACUCCUAAGAGCUUCCAUAAUGUGCAUCAGGGGCAGCAGGUGCAAACGCUACGUCAGGCCGGAAAACAAUAUUCUCCUGGCUACGUCUGAGGGGCACCUGGCCUCCUCAGCUUAGUGACUUUACUGUACAUGACAUAGUAGUAGUAAAAGUUGUACUAUUGUAUAUGACAGUAAUUGUUUAGUAGUAGUAAUAGUUUAUUGCCAUUCGCUGUAGGUUGCCGUUUGUGUAUACGUAGUCUGCUAUUGUUUCAAAUACACCAUAUCUUCUCAGUAGUAGUAGUAG